AUGGAAAAUGUAAUUAAAAUAUCAUGUAGAUUAUGCGACGAAGAUAUACGAAAUAAAAAUGGUUAUUUGUUGUAUGAUUAUAAUGAUAAUGCAGAAACAAAAAUUGGAAGAAAAUUAAAUAUUAUUUUACAUUCUAAUGAAAAAUUUGAAGAUUUAUCUAAUUACUGUUGCGAUUAUUGUUAUUCUAAAAUUGAAAUGUGUUUCGGAUUAUUGGUAGACAUAAGAGCAUCAGAUGAAAUAAUUCAACAAACUUAUUUAAAUUCUUCAGAAAAAGAAAAUCUUGAUACAUCAAAUCAAUUAUUCAUUUGUUCAGAAUGUAAUGUUACAAUAUCAGGAAUUAAAUUAUUCACAAAACAUCAUGAAAAUCAUAUAAAAAAAAAAACGAUAGCAGGUUCUAAAAAAGAUAUCCCACUUUCAUCUGUUUUAUUUUUAAAAGAUGGAGAAAAUGAUAAAAAUGAAUUUACUUAUGAAAAACAUGGAAAUGAUGAAACAUGUUUAAUAUUUAAUGAAAAUGAAGAUGAAAUCCAUCGAUACAACAAUUUCUUUGAGAAUAAUAUAAAAGAAGAAAAUUAUGAAGAAAAUAUUUAUAAAAAAAAUGAAUUUGUUAAUAAUAAUAAUUUAAAUAAUAGUGAAAAAUUUGAACUUAGAAAAUUUAAUUUAUCGCCUAAACAAAUCAAUGAUGAUGAUACUACAAUUUUAAGUUUUGAUUCUUCUGAAGAAUAUUUAGAAAAUGAUAAUGAUGUCAAUUUAACAAAUGAAAAAGACUUUGAUGAACAAGAUUCUUAUUUUUCCGAUGCCUUAUCCGAAGAUUCAAAUUCGAGUCAAUCAAGUUAUAAAAAUUUGGUUGAAAUCGUUAAAUGGGAAUUGGAAAAGUCGGAUAGUGAGGAUAAUGAUUUAAAAAUAGAACCUAAUCAGGAUGGAAAAUAUUAUUGUGAUGUUUGUAAUUUGGAAUUUGAAUAUAAAUUUAUUCUUGCUCUUCAUUUGAAAGAAAAUCACAAAGUUUUUCACGAGUUUUUUGACAUAAAUGCUCAAGAGAAACAAACAUUUGAAACAUUUUUUGAAGAUGAUGAUGAUGAUGAUGAUGAUAUAUUACAAAAAUGUUGUUAUUGUAAGAAAACAUUAACAUCAUCUGAAUUCAAUUCUCAUAUUUUAGAAUGUAAAGGAGAAUAUUCUUUAAAUAAUAAUAAUAAAAAUGUUCUCUGUCAAAUUUGUGGGAAAAUGUGCUGCGUUAAAAGUUUAGAAAAACAUAUGGAAGAACAUAAAAAAUUAGAUGGUUGGGCAUGCGAAUUAUGUGGGAAAAAGUUCAAAGCUAAAAGAUUUUUAGAGAGUCAUUUGGGAGAACACGAUGAAAGUAAAAAGAAAAUCUGUGAAAUUUGUGGUAAAAAACUGCUGCCACUUUCGUUUUUCAGUCACAUUACAAAGCAUAGGAAAAAACGUCACAUAUGUCAAUACUGCGGUAAAGCUUUUAGCUACAGUUACGGAUUGCGAAUACAUUUGAAAGUACACGACAAUAGUAAAAAAUUAGAGCCCAAACCGGAGAAAAAAAAGGACAAAGUUUUUUGUUGGCUUUGCAAGAAAGAUUUCAGUUGUGCAAUCGCAUUGAAUAAACAUUUGAAAAACGAUCAUAAUGCAGAAGGCGUCGAACAAGAUUCUCGAUUUCCCUGUUCUCAGUGCGAUAAAAAAUUUGCCGACAUGUUUUCGUUGAAAGCUCAUCUUAAAUUGAUACACGAAAUGAAAGAUGAGGAAAUAGCACGUUUGAAAUCAUUGCCGGUGUAUCGAUAUAUCGAAUGCAACGUUUGCAAUAAAGUUUUCAAUAGCGAAAACAAAAUAAGAAUUCACAUGAAACAGGAUCACGGUUUGAAACCUUUCGAAAUGGAAAUAUUGAAAAAGGAAUGCGAGAAAUGUGGUAAAAAAUUUGCUAGCAAACAAAAUUUAAUUCAUCAUAUAAACGGAGCUCACCUUCACAUCAAACCUAUGACCUGCGACAUUUGUCAGGAAAAAUUUGCAAAACAUUCUUCUUUGAUUUAUCAUAAAUUGAGACAUUCUGGUGAAAAACCUUUUCAAUGCGAGUUUUGCCAUAAAUCUUAUAGACAGAGAAACGACGUCAUUAGACAUUUGGCAAGGCACGUACGCGAUAAAGAACUUACUUUAGAAGAAGCUUCUGCUGUAAAUAAUAGUCCUUCUCGACUGGUGAUCAAAAGAAGAAUAUUUUUAAAAGAUUCGAGCAUAAAUUACAGAACCAUAUUUCGUAAAAAUCGGCGAAAAUCCGAAGUCAUGGAAAUGGAACCCAUUUUGGAAGAAGAAGUUAGUGAGAUUCAAGAAGAGCAAAUGGAAUUUAACGAAGAUGGAAUUUCAGAUAUGAUUUACGUGGAAGAGGUUCAAUUGGAAGAAAAUCAACCUGAAAGCCCACUGGAGGUUCAGUGCAUGAACGUGAAACCUGUGUACAAUGAAGAAAGGAAUACCAUAAUUUUAUCAAAUCCUGUGAAAAACGUUUCUUGUAAAUACAUGCCAUCUCAAAUCAAACACAUACCGGCCGUCAUAGUUAAAAAACAAGAACAGAUUCAGUUACCUUAA